UCGGACUCCCGUGAGGCAAGGUUCAAUAAGGCCCUUAACAACCCCAUCACCCAAACAUGAAGUGGAAUAUACCUAAGAAUAUUAUUCGCUUCAGUGCCGUUGGUUCCCUAGUUGGGGGUGUUAUAUUAUUCAAAGAAACUCUUGGAGGCAGUAAAUAUAAUGGAAGUGAGAGCUUGAAUGGAAAGACAGUGAUUAUUACUGGCGCAAAUACUGGCAUUGGGAAAGAGACAGCUUUGGAGAUGGCGCUGCGACAUGCCCGUGUCAUUAUGGCCUGUAGAGACAUGGACAAGUGUAGAGAGGCAAGGAAAGAUAUUGCACUGGCUUCCAGAAAUAAAUAUAUAUAUUGCCAAGAAUGUGACUUAGCUUCACAAGAAUCAAUAAGAAACUUUGCAAAAAUGGUGAAUGAAAAAGAGGCAAGAGUUGACAUACUAAUUAACAAUGCUGGUGUGAUGCGAUGUAAGAAGUCAUUCACUAAAGAGGGCAUUGAGCUACAGUUUGGGACAAAUCAUAUUGGGCACUUCCUCCUCACAAAUCUUCUUCUUGAUAAACUCAAGGUACAUAAAAAGAUGGGCCUUUGUACUGGAGUGACAAGUAAUGCCAUUCAUCCUGGGAUUGUUUUUACUGAUAUAGGCAGGCACAUGGGCAUAAACAACAGUUGGAUAGCCAAAAUAUUCCUCUUCCCGCUAUUAUGGUUGUUCCUUAAGACACCUCGUCAAGGUGCCCAGACAACUAUAUAUGCUGCACUAAACUCUGAACUGGAGAAUGUUUCUGGAAAGUAUUUCAGUAACAAAGCAGAAGCAGAAGUAUCUGAAGCUGCACAGGACAGAGCUGCUGCCAAAAGGCUUUGGGCUAUCAGUGAACACUGGACUGGAUUAACCUAAGAAUAUACAACUGUUUUGCUAAAAAAAUAGGAAUAUUGUACUUAAGCUUAAUAGUAAAGGUAUUAUUUACAACAAUAAAUGGCAUUUCUUUUCAAAGUACCAGACCUUCAUUGGAAAGAAUUUUGUAAAAUUGUCUUACAGACUAAACAUUACUACCAUACGUAUAAGAAUAUUUUUUUUUCUUAAUCAUUGCAGAUGAUUUUCAGUAUUAACCCUUUCAGUGGCCAUCACAUAAAAUUACAUCAUUGAGGCCGGGGUCCCUCAUGUGGUUCUACAUCAUGAGCUCAGCUCACUUGGUAAAUUGUGAGUUGUAAAUUUUGGCCUAUAUACAAGAGAAUGGGUCUGUGCAGUGAAUGUGCACAGUAUAAAAAAAAAAUCCUGCUCUAUGCAUUGAAUGAUGAUUUUGAGGUAUUUUCCUGGAUGUUUUUUUAUGGUUUUAUUGGCUGUUUCUUGGUAUCACUUGAUAGAAUGGAAGACAUACAACUGUACUGAAAUAGAGAUGAUUUUGGUUAGUUUGACUGUAAGUAGCUU